CGAAGCUUCUCAUCUAAAUUAAGAGUGAAAAUUGUGCUCUCACUCUCCUGUUCACACCGAAAAUAACGUUUACACUAAAGAACGCUAUUUGGUACUAAUUGUUACAAGUCAAGAGCACAGUGAACACUCUUCUUGCAAAAGCAGUAAGCAAAAUUGGUUGCAAAGAAAAAUUUGUGUUUGUAAAUUGUUUACGUGUUAUUAUAGAAUCGUACAAAUAUUUUACGAAUUUCUAUUCUUUGCUUUUCUAUAUCGGCAAAACUUUUUUUUAGAGAAGUAAUACAUUUUUUUUAAUGAAAAGGAACUAGUUAUCGGCAAUAUGUUGAUUACUCUGGUUCAAUAAAUUAAAGCAAAUAAAAUCGAUUUUGUGCGCACGUAAAGGCGAGCGGUGUUUCAAGUCGUUGGCUUGCUAAUAAAUCGAGGAGCUGGAGUGAGUGAAAACAAUAAAUUUUUUGAGUUGGUAAUAACACAGUAGUUUAGCAAUGGAAAACAGCGAUCAUAUUUCUGUAACCUUGUCUGGUGUCGGUGUAAAUUGCACGGAAGAAGAUGGCAGCAGUGCCAAACAACCACAGCGACGAAGCUUGCGACGGACGUGGAAUCAAUUGCCGCGCUGUCAGCGUAACCUCAUCAUUUUGGCUGCAUUGGUGGUUUGUUUAACGCUGGUAUUAAUUCUCUACAAUGACCAAAUCGACGCGCAUAACAGCAAAUCAUUUGGAAAUAGCGGCGAUUUUCCAUUUCCUGAAAAUCGUGAGACGUCACAAAAUGGACAUAUAUCCGGUGCUGCCGUCAAUAAUGGUGUAAAAGAUCAAUUACAAGAUAUUGGUGCGCCACCAUUGUCCUUCCCAAAUGACAAUCUACCGGAAUUCAAAGAUAUGAAAUUACCUGAUAUGCGUCAACGUAGUAAGAAAAGUGCUAAUACUCAGGAGAGCCGGAAGGAGAGCUACAUACAAGCGCCCUUAGUCGAUGUACCCAAUAAAAUUAGUAUACAAGAGAAUAAUGAUAAUCGUAUAGAUGAACCCGUUGUCGAACCACAAUCUGCCGCUGAAGAUGAUGAACGCGUUGACCUAGAAGCGGCUGUGGCAAAUCCACGCGUGGUGCCCGGCACCAAAGAUGUGCUAAUAACGGAUUAUGUCAACAAAUUGGAGGGCAGUAUUUUAGCUCAAAAGCAACAUUUCCAUGGCGCAACAAAUGAGCGGCAAAGCGCUGUUGUGGCGGCAUUUAAACACUCAUGGGCUGGUUAUAAAAAGUACGCUUGGGGUCAUGACAACUUGAAACCCUUGUCGCAGAGUUCGCAUGAUUGGUUUGGCUUGGGUUUGACGAUUGUAGACUCGCUGGAUACAAUGUACAUAAUGGGCUUGGAAGAUGAAUUCAGUGAAGCACGCGAAUGGGUUAGCAACUUUUUGACAUUUGAUGUAAAUCGCGAUAUAAACCUGUUUGAAGUGACAAUACGUAUUUUGGGCGGCUUGCUAUCCGCUUAUCAUUUAAGUGGUGACAAAAUGUUCCUCAGCAAAUCGCUGGAACUUGGCAAUCGUAUGCUGCCUUGCUUUCUUUCCCCCUCUGGUAUACCAUUCUCAGAUGUCAAUCUUGGCUCCAUGUCGGCACAUUCGCCGAAAUGGUCGCCAGACAGCUCGACUAGUGAGGUUACUACAAUACAAUUGGAAUUUCGUGAUCUUAGCCGCUCCACCAAUAUAUCAAUCUACGAAAAAGCCUCGCAUGCAGUUAAUAAGAAAGUACAUGCUUUAGAAAAACCAGACGGCCUAGUACCCAUAUUUAUAAAUGCUAAUACGGGUACAUUUAGGAAUUAUGCAACUAUUUCGCUAGGUGCGCGUGGAGACUCCUACUAUGAGUAUCUUUUGAAGCAGUGGUUGCAGACUGGUCGAAAGCCGGAUGAUUUCCUGAUUGUUGAUUAUAUGCGCGCCAUUGAUGGCGUCUUAACCAAGCUAUUGCGUCGGACGCCCAAAGAACAACACGUUUAUAUUGGUGAACUAAUUAAUGGUAAAGACUUCAAACCCAAAAUGGAUCAUCUCACCUGCUAUUUACCUGGCACACUGUUGUUGGGUCACAAAUUUGGCAUGCCAACCUCACACUUAUUACUCGCACGAGAUCUCCUCGAAACCUGUUAUCAGACAUAUAUGCGACAACCCACACAAUUGGCGCCAGAAAUAUCACACUUUGCGUUGACAACGAAUGAAGAACAAGAGAUUUAUGUGAAACCCAAUGAUGCACAUAAUCUGCUGCGACCCGAAUUUAUAGAAAGUUUAUAUUACUUUUAUGCUAUAACUGGCAAUCGUACCUAUCAGGAUAUGGGUUGGAAUAUUUUCCAAGCUUUUGAGAAACACACAAAAGUGGCAUAUGGUUAUACGUCAAUAGGCAACGUUAAGCAUAUAUUCAAUACAAGACUGCGUGAUAUGAUGGAGAGUUUUUGGCUGGGCGAAACGUUGAAAUAUUUUUAUCUUUUAUUUAGCGACAAUCGCAAAGAAAUCGAUUUGGAUAAAUGGUUGUUCAAUUCGGAAGCACAUUUGGUGCCUUUUAGAAAUCAUUAAAUUUAUGCUGUGCUUGCUUGCAUGUGGGUGGUAGCUCGUGUGUGUGCGUGUGUGACUAUUUCAAUUCGAAUACAUUUUGUAAAUAUAUUUACAAUUAUUUUAAUAUCCUUAGCAUGAAAACGAAACUGUUUCACAAUUACAGACUUUUGUUUAUGUAAUACAUACAUACAUCACAUAUAUUAAUAUGUAACAUUUAUGUGUAUGUACGUAAGGUAUCGCAAAAUAAUGGCAAAAAGUAAUAUUCGCUUUUGUCUUGAGGAUACCAUUUAUUCGGAUCGAACACUAUGUGUGUAUAUGUAUGAUUAGUCAAGUAUGAAUGUAGUAUAAUAACAAUAUUAUUUAUUACUAUUUUUAAUAAUCACUGUGUAAUAUUGAUAUCAAUUACAACCUUAAACCAAUCGCUGUUUGAUGGUAGAUGUGACGUAUGUACGUCAAUCAUUACAAUAAUGCCAAAAACCAAUAGAAAUAUAUUGAAUAUAUGUAUUAUUAUAUGUAUAUAUAUAUACGCAACUGCA